AUUCUUAGGAAAACUGAAUGUGCAAAAAAUAUAACCACUGCAUGCAUAAAAUUUUAACACGUUUCUAAAAAAUCCGUAUUUGGAAGAAAGACUGAGGCAAUUACUACCGUAAAAUAAAAUUAUUAUUAAAAUUUUGAAUAUGCGUCUAAUGCGCAAGUGAAAGACUGCAGCACUUAACUACCGACUGAUGAUAGUACGUUUUUAAGGGCACCCUGUAACGUAACCUCGAGCAUGAGAAAAAUAGAUGUUUUGAUAUGAUCACAGAGGCUAUUAUGAUUGUUGGUCAUUUCUAAUACUUGUCUUUGUACAAAAACUAAAAACUGUAUACAUCGAUUAUUUUUAAAAUGAAAAAGCAGGAAGUUUUACACAGAGAGGAACUUGAACUAUUUAAUAAAUCGGAAUUGAUAGAGAAAAUAAUACGAUUAGAGGAAAAGAACAAGGAAUUAAAGGCAAUAGCUAAUAGAGGAAAAUUGGAGAGCAGAAAUAACGUUCAUAGAUCACAGAAACCAUUUGAUUUCUCAAGGUGCAAUAAAAGACAUAUUCUUUUGAAAUUCUAUUACCUCGGGUGGACUUAUAAUGGUUUCGUCGUACAAGAAAGCAUAGAUGAAACAGUAGAACAGCAUUUAUUUGCAGCUCUGAUAAAGAGUUGUUGCAUAGAAUCUCGUGAAUCGUCUAAUUAUCAUAGAUGUGGCAGGACAGAUAAAGGUGUAAGUUCAUUUUCACAAGUGAUAUCUCUGGACGUGAGAAGCAAAUUAGAUAGACAGGAUCAACAUAAAGUGGAAGAUGAACUCCCAUAUUGCAAGAUGCUAAAUAGAUUGCUACCUCCUGGUAUAAAAUGCAUCGCAUGGUGUCCAGUGCCCGAUGAUUUCUCAUCAAGAUUUAAUUGUAAAAGUCGAACUUACAAGUAUUUCUUCCCCCGAGGGAAUCUCAAUAUUGAUGCUAUGGAUAAAGCUGUUAGAUACACUAUAGGAGAACAUGAUUUUCGAAAUGUUUGUAAAAUGGAUGUUGCUAACGGUGUUGUUAGCUAUACAAGAAAAAUAAUUGACGCGAAAGUUUGUAUAUAUCGGCAACAUUUUAGAAAUGUUCCAGGAUAUGAUAUAUGUCAAAUGAUUGUAACGGGCCAAGCAUUCCUGUGGCAUCAAAUUCGUUGUUUAAUGGGCGUCCUAUUUCUUGUCGGCGAAGAAAAAGAAAAACCUGAAGUCAUGUUGGAACUUCUUGACAUUGAAAAAUGUCCUAGAAAACCGCAAUAUAAUUUAGCUCACGAAGUACCGUUGAAUCUUUGGUGUUGUGAAUAUGAAGCCAACGAGUGGUACAUUGAUAAAACAGAAUUGAGGAAUACGAUUAAACUCUUGCAAAAAGACUGGACCCUGUACACGAUAAAGUCAGUCAUGAUUGAAAAUAUGCUAUCAGACUUGGAGGAUUUGGUCGAUUUAAAAGAUACAUCUUCUCAACCUGACUGUUUAUUACUCGGUGUACAACCCAAAGUUUAUCAACACUUAAUGGAACGUCCUACUUGCGAAAGCUUAGAAAGUAAAAUAAAGCACUAUGAGAACAAGAAGAAGAGAAAAGAGCAAUCAUUAGGAGGAAAUGCGGAAAAGUUGCUGAAAUUACAAGAUUAACUGUAUUUGCCUUAUAUAUACAAUA